AUGAGUCAAGACGUAACUUACCUUGGGUUAAAAGCUGUUGUAAUUAAUGAUGCCUUAAGAAUUACACAUCAGUCUUCGGUGUCUUUUGAUUUAGAUCUUCCUGAGUUUCGAACUCAUGGAGGAGUUUAUAGUCAUGAUGAUAAGUUAACUGUAACAGCUCCGCCUAUUAUGUGGAUAAAAGCUUUUGAUAUGAUUUUGGAAAAACUAAAACUUGAUGGGCUAGAUUUUUCUUCUGUGGCAGCAAUAUCUGGUGCUGCUCAGCAACAUGGAAGUGUCUAUUGGAAGAAAGGUGCUGAGCAAAUACUUCAUACUGUGCUGCCGAAUAAAUUUCUACAUGAGCAGUUGCAAGGUUGUUUUAGCAUGAGAGAUUCUCCAGUCUGGAUGGAUUCUAGUACUACAUCAUACUGUAAAACAUUUGAAAGGGGUGUUGGUGGUCCAAUCAUGCUGUCGCAAAUAACAGGCUCUCGUGCUUAUGAAAGGUUUACUGCAAGCCAAAUUGCAAAACUGCACCAAACUAAGCCUGUUGUGUACAACAACACUGAGAGAAUUUCCCUUGUUAGUAGUUUUGCUGCAACACUAUUUCUUUGCCAUUAUGCUCCCAUUGACUUAAGUGAUGGAUCUGGAAUGAAUUUGUUAGAUAUUCACCUAAAGGAUUGGUCUGAUGUUUGCUUAGAGGUUUGUGCUCCAAAUCUUAGGGAGAAGUUAGGUGUUCCAGUACCCUCUUCAACUGUUUUAGGUACUAUUGCCCCUUAUUUUGUGGAUCGUUAUGGUUUUGCUGAGACUUGUAAAAUUAUAGCAUUUACUGGUGACAAUCCAGCUUCCCUUGCUGGAACUCAGUUAAACAAGGGAGAUAUGGCAAUCAGCUUAGGUACUAGUGACACGGUUUUUCUUUGGCUGACUGAAUAUAGGCCUUCUUUAGAUGGGCACAUUCUUUGCAACCCAUUAACCAGCAAAGAUUUCAUGGCAUUAUUAUGUUUUAAAAAUGGUUCUUUUACAAGAGAAAGAAUAAGAGAUGAUUGUGCUGAUGGAUCAUGGCAAUUGUUUAGUGAUCUUUUAGAUAGCACACCUCGAGGGAAUUUCGGUAACAUAGGAAUGUACUUUGACAUGAUGGAAAUAGUUCCACCUAUGAUUGGAGAUUAUCGAUUCAAUAGAAAUAAUGAAUUGGUUCAGCGAUUUUCAAAAGAAGUUGAAGUAAGAGCUCUUAUUGAGGGUCAAUUUCUUGCAAAAAGAGUUCAUGCUGAAAAUGUGGGAUUUACAAUAGGUUCUAAGUCCAAAAUUAUUGCUACUGGUGGGGCAUCAGCUAACCAAGCAAUUGUACAGGUCUUAUCUGAUGUAUUUAAUGUACCGGUGUAUGUGUUGGACUUUCCUAACUCAGCUUGUUUAGGAGCUGCAUUGAGAGCCAAGCAUGGUCUUUUAGGUGAAGAAUUUGGAUUUCAUAAAAUGUUUGAGGAACCAUUGAAACUUCAUUUAAGUGCAAAGCCAGCUAAAGACGCAGCUGAAAUUUAUGGUCCAAUGCUUCUUCGAUACAGAAUUUUAGAAGAUAGAAUAAUAAGAGAGAAUGACUUUUGAUAUUUUGAUUGAUGUUUAUAUACAACAGUACUUUGAAUAGUUUAAC